GUUAAACUGGAACGAGGCGCGGCGCCCGCGGUCCCUGCCCUGGGGACUCUGACCCCGUGGGCCGGCGAGGGGAGCUGAGGCAGGCGGUGACGAGCAGCCCCACAGACACAGAGCCGGCAAGGGCAGAGCAGGAUGGAUCCCACCUUCGAGCUGGCAGAUGACCCCAGGUUCUCCCACAGUUUGGUGGAGAUGCUGAUCAGGAACUACAGCGUGCCGGCAGCCUGCUUCUCCCUGCCACCCACCUCCCGGCAGCUGCUGCACCAGCUGGAUGCAGCCCAACUUGCCAUCAUGGGCCUCUGCACCAUCAUGACGCUGCUGUCGGUUGCGAUCUUUGUGGAACAGGCUUUCUACCUCACCCGCAAGAUCCGCUGCCCCAUCAAGAUGAAAACCCUUCGCUGGAGCAGCUCAGCCCCUAUGGUUGUGUCUGUGGUCAGCUGCUUCGGACUGUGGUUCCCGCGCUCCAUGAUGGUGGUGGAGAUGGCUACCACGGCGUACUUUGCCAUCUGCUUCUGCCUCCUGAUGCAGGUCAUGGUGGAGGGCUUUGGGGGGGAGGAGGCAGUGCUCAGCACCCUAAAGGAUGUGCCCAUGGUGGUCAGCACUGGGCCCUGCUGCUGUUGCUGCCCUUGCCUGCCCAAAAUCACCAUGAGCAGGAAAAAGCUUAAACUGAUGAUGCUGGGGACUUUCCAGUAUGCCUUCUGCAGGGCAGUUGCUGUCUUCCUGGGGCUGGUCCUGCACACCGAUGGGAAUUACAACCCUGCUGACAUUUCGGCGGAGAGUGUGGCCCUCUGGAUCAACACCUUGGUUGGCGCCUCCACCCUCUUUGGCCUGUGGGCCCUGGGCAUCCUUUUCCGGCAGGCCCGGCAGCACCUGGCUGAGCAGAACAUCCAGGGCAAGUUUACCUGUUUCCAGCUCCUUCUCGUCCUGACGGCACUGCAGCCUGCCAUCUUCAGCAUCCUGGCCAACAGCGGCAGCAUCGCCUGCUCGCCGCCCUUCUCCUCCAAGGCCAGAUCGCAGCAGAUGAACCUGCAGCUGUUGAUCCCGCAGACCUUCAUCCUGGCAGUGCUGACGCGGAUGUACUACCGCAAGCAGGACAACAAGCCAGGCUACCAGCCCGUCAGCUUCGCACCCACAGGCACUGACGUCAAGGCGUGAACGGGAGGGAGAAACUGGGGUGCCAAGGGGUAGAGUGGGGUGAGAGGCUGGUGUGCUCUGUACAACCAUCUCCUCCCCCAGCCCUGGGGAGCUGCUGGCAGCAGAGGAGGCAGAGGGGAAAGAGCAUCUUGGGACCAAGUGAAAGGGUUUGAAUCCUGAAAGCCAUGUGCCAACGGGAUCCGUGAAGCUGCCUCCAGCAUGGGGGCUCUUGUCUAGCACUGAGUAAAGAUGAAUUUGUACUUGA